AUGGCGUCCCUCCUCGUCAUCAUCUUUGCGGUCGAGGUCGCUGUGGCUGUGGUGAAUACCAUCGGCGCCGCAACCAUCAACAACCUGUUAUGGAAGCUCUACAUCUCCGCCCCGUCGGGGACGUCGAGGCAGAUCCGCGGACAGCGCGAGCUGCAGCAGUCGUACCUCCAAGUGCGACAUGACCUGAACGCGACGAGCAGCCAGGACGAGUUCGCGAAAUGGGCGAAGCUGCGGCGGCAGCAUGACAAGAUGCUGGAGGAGCUGGAGAAGUCGAAAUCCGGUAUCGACACGACCAAAGCCUCCUUCGACAAGACCGUCAACGCAGUCCGGUGGUUCUGCACCUCGGGAGCCCGUUGGUUCCUCCCGUUCUGGUACUCGCGCCAGCCUAUGUUCUGGCUGCCCCACGGCUGGUUCCCACACUAUGCGGAGUGGCUCAUCUCGUUCCCACGGGCGCCGAUGGGCAGCGUCAGCGUUGUAUCCUGGCAGCUGGCGUGCACGGGUGUGAUCACGUUGAUUGCGGACACCAUAGGGGCGCUGGUGAAGCUGGUCCUGGACAUAAGAAGUGAAGGUGGUUACACGUCGUCGAAACAGAGAGAACAGCCGUUCAAGGCCAGGGACACGGACAAGGCAGACACAGCACAGGGCACGACGGAGAAAAAGAAGGAGGAGCCUUCCAAGAAGGACACAUGAUAUGAGCGUGCUGUGUAGAUAUAUUACAUUAUGGCCUUGCAGCUACGGAUCCCCCAUGGCAAAACAACCCUCAAACAAACAGGGACUAAAAAGAAUGCUCGCAUGUCUCUCAACAAUUUGACGCAAAGUUCUUCAUGGCCGGUGAGGACUGAAACUCUGCAACACUAAGUGAGAUGACUCUUGGCAGAGUACUUGGGCUCGCUCUGGGCAACACUUUGACUCUAGCAACCACUGGAAAUAAAAAGAUUGCU